AAUAUGUCUGAGAUGGUACCCGCCGCUCUAGCAGGCCCUGUUCCACCAUCCAUGGAGAAACCACCCCCCCAAAAAAGGAGCAAGAAGCCAGUUGGUUUGAUGGGUGGAAGUCGCAAGACCACAAGCGCCUCAUUGUCCAAGUUGAUUAUCGAGGCCUUUUCCAUUUCUCAAGAGAGAACUGGCAUGUCUCUGGCAGCGCUGAAAAAGUCGCUAGCAGCCGUGGGCUAUGAUGUGGAGAAGAACAAGAGCCGCAUCAAGCUGGCUCUCAAGAGCCUGGUUAGCAAAGGAAUUCUGGUGCAGAUCACGGGUACCGGUGCUUCCGGGUCUUUCAAGCUCAGCAAGGAGGUUGCUGCUGAACUCACCAAGGGAAAGGUCAAGAAGCCUGCUUCUACCAAAACGAAAAAGCGGGUCUUGGCCAGAGACUUCAGAUCUCCACAGAAAGCUAAGGCCAACAAAAGAGCAAAGACGCCGAGGACAGCAAUGGCUGAGAAAGCUGGUACGAGUGGCAGAAAAGGUAAAGGCGCCAAGGGCAAACAACAACGGGAAAGUCCAGCGAAGGCUAGAGCAGGGGAGCCCAAGGCUCGGAAUUCUAAACUGACCCAGCAGACUAAUCCUAGGAACACAACCACCAAGAAGUAA